GUCGAGAAUAGCAUAUUCUUGGGUAUUUUUGUGGAUCCACCACAAGAGCAUGGCGAUGCCGCGCGAGUGGAAGAAGUCGCGGGAGAAGUUCCUCCUGUCCAUGCACCACAACGGGCACGCGGAAACGACGACGGUACCUGUGGCUCAAGCGGAUGACGACGAUGACGACGUGAGCGAUGAAGAGCUUUCCACUGAGGAGCUACGGAAGCGUCAGCAAUGCGCGAUUGACCUGAAAGAUGUGUCUGCAGAAAUGUGGUUGAUCACGAAAUUGGCGAUGCAACUGCUAUGGGCCUUCCGCGUCUCGUCGAAAUGGAUCGUGAUGCUCUUUCGACUGCUCAUUUUUGUCAUGUGCCUCCUUCCUGCCUUCCUACGUGUGUUCUACUUCUGGUUGUGCAGCCCCCGCGUUAUCAAGAAUAUUCGAUACGGCCCGCGCGGCCGCAACCUCCUUGACAUUUACCUUGUACCCCAUCCUCAUAAAAGGCAACCGGUUGUAGUCUUUCUGUCCGGUGGUGCAUGGAUCAUUGGGUACAAGGCAUGGGGUGCUCUCAUGGGUCGGGUCUUGUCCGCGUAUGGCAUUCUCGUUGUUAUGCCUGACUACCGCAACUUUCCCCAAGGAAUUCUGCCCGACAUGAUGCAGGAUGCCAACGUCGCGAUGCAGUGGGUUUUCGAGAACGUGCAUACUUUUGGUGGAGACCCGGAUAAUGUGACAUACAUUGGGCAGUCUGCUGGCGCACACAUUGGUGCAUGUGUCCUCAUCGAAGCGGUCGAGAACCCUUCUUUCGCGACGUGGCAGCCUUCUCGUCUUCGCAAUUUCAUCGGCAUCUCAGGCCCGUACAACACGAAUGAGUCCAUGGAGGUGUUUCAUGCGCAUGGGUUGGACCGCCAAGUGUUUGCCGCCAUUAUGGACCAAGACGUGUUGAAGUACUCGCCAACAGAUCGAGUCGCGAGAUUGCCCAAAGCGACGGCGACCAUGUUUCCUGCUAUGCAUCUCUUCCACGGCACAGCGGACCGCACGGUGCCAUGGUCAUCGAGUCAGUCGUUUGCCGAUGCCCUCGUCGGCAUCGGCGUCGACGCGCAUAUUAAGUUUUAUGCUCGUAAGACCCACACGGAUCCCAUCAUCGAGGUCUGGUCUUCAUGUCUAUGAAGCCAGUCAUUGACAUGAUUGCACUUUACAAUGACGCAGGACCCGAUCCAAGGUGACGACCCGCUGCUCAGUGACAUCCUCACAAUCAUACGAAAGUCCAGUCCUGCAGAGAGUCCACAACCUCGACCGGACCAUUUGCGCUUUCGGCCGCCGGGCGCCAUGCUACCAGCUUUCUUGGUGCACGCCGCGCGGCGAGUAAAUCCAUUUUAAGAGAUAGCGAUCUUUCCAUAAUUUUUCGAAUCAUAUAAAAACCGCCAAGAUGGCUAAUUUCGGC